AUGGCCGCCGUCCCCAACACCGUGUCGACCACCGCUCCCACCGCCAACAACAGCCACCGAUCUCUACAAGAGAUCAUCCAAACCCUCCGACAAACCGGCGAGACGCCAGAGUGCGACUGCCACAUGACAGACUAUAGCGAAGGCGAUCUCCCCCGGUCCAAGCUCAGCUAUGAAUCCAAAGACUUCCUCAAGGCUGUCGAGACGUUCCCCUUGGUUGUCGAGAAGUCGGUCGCCGGAGUGGGCCAGAUGAGAAUGGAGCUGUGGGGGACGAGCGCUGCGGCGCUCACCAGCUCCCACGUGAAGCUCGUCUUGCGGCUGGAAAACGGCCAAAUCAAGGCGGAAGACGGACCAGACCCGGAUCCAGUCUUGGAUCUGGCCUACGCCACCCCAAGCGCCGAAGAACUCAGGGCAGUCAAGGCCCAAUUACGAAAGGGCACCCCGGAAACCUACAUCAUCGAUGAUGUCCAGGAACUCCUGGAGCAUAUCCUGCUCGAAAAUCGUCAGCCGGAGUAA